CCUCCUCCUGUUUCCAUCCGCUGCUGCUCCGUGCUGCUGCCCACAGCGCCUGCCGGUCAUCCGCGCUCCAGCCCGCGCCGCCAUGGGGACCCCUCAAGGCAGCCCCGGGCGAAGCGGCCUCGGGUUCCUCGUCCUCCUGCUGCUUCUGUCGCCCGUGCGGGUACUUCCACAAAUGUGUGUCUGGUAUGGAGAAUGUGGAGUUGCUUCUGGAGACAAGAGGUACAACUGUGCUUAUGAUGGGCCACCAAUAGCACUACCAGAAGAUGGCUAUGACUUAAUCCAGGAACUCUGUCCAGGUUUAUUCUUUGGCAAUGUUAGCACUUGCUGUGAUGUUCAUCAGCUUCAGACUUUGAAAAAUAACUUGCAGCUGCCUCUGCAGUUUCUCUCCAGAUGUCCAUCGUGUUUUUACAACUUGAUAAACCUCUUCUGUGAACUGACUUGUAGUCCAAAUCAGUCUGACUUUUUGAAUGUUACAAGCACCAUACCUUACUAUGAUCCCAUUUUAAAAGAGAACAAAAGUAGCAUUACAGAGCUGCAGUACUUCAUUGGAGAUCGAUUUGCAAAUUCAAUGUACAAUGCCUGCAAAGAUGUAGAGGCUCCAUCAAGCAAUGUUAAAGCACUGGGGUUGCUGUGUGGGAAGGAUGUCAAGGACUGCAAUGCAACCAACUGGAUUGAGUACAUGUUUAGUAAAGACAAUGGACAAACUCCUUUCAGCAUAAUUCCAAUCUUUUCAGAUGUUCCUGUCCAUGGAAUGAACCCUAUGAAUAAUGCUACCAAAGGCUGUAAUGAGUCCAUGGAUGAUUCAACAGGACCAUGCAGCUGUCAGGACUGUUCAAUUGUCUGUGGUCCAAAACCUCAACCCCCUCCAUUGCCUCCUCCUUGGCUAUUGUUUGGUUUGGAUGCUGUGUAUGUCAUCAUGUGGCUCUCAUACAUGGGAUUUCUACUCAUAUUUUUUGCACUAGUUUUUGGAGUCUGGUGUUACAGGAGGCGGCACUUUGUCUCGGAGUACACCCCAAUUGACAGCAAUGUAGCCUUUUCCGUGAAUUCCCGCCGUGACAAUGGAAACAUUACCUGUGGUGAAAGGCUUGGUGAAAGGUUUGAGAAUGGCCUGAGGAUGACAUUUACGUCAUGGGGGGCUUUCUGUGUCAGAAAUCCACGUCCAGUUAUCCUCUUCUCUGUGGUCUUCAUUGCAAUGUGCUGCUCAGGCUUUGUAUAUAUUAAAGCAACUACAAAUCCUGUAGAUCUCUGGUCAGCCCCAAGCAGCCAAGCCCGCAAGGAGAAGGAAUACUUUGACACACACUUUGGACCUUUCUUCCGUACUGAACAAGUUAUUAUUCAAGCACCAAAGAGCCGCCCAGACACCUACUCGCCUUACCCAUCAGGAGAAGAUGUACCUUUUGGGCCUCCCCUUACCAAAGAUAUUCUCCAUCAGGUACUGGAUUUGCAGGAUGCUAUUGUCAACAUAACUGCUUCUUAUGACAAUGAGACUGUAAUGCUGAAGGACAUUUGCCUGGCUCCUCUUGCUCCCUACAACAACAACUGCACUAUCUUGAGCGUACUGAACUACUUUCAGAACAGCCAUUCUGUUCUGGAUCACACUGUUGGGGAUGAGUUCUUUGUCUAUGCUGAUUACCACACUCACUUCUUAUACUGUGUUCGGGCUCCAGCAUCACUAAAUGACACAAGCUUGCUUCACGAUCCCUGCUUAGGAACAUUUGGUGGACCUGUAUUUCCGUGGCUGGUGUUAGGAGGAUAUGAUGAUGAUAACUAUAAUAAUGCUACAGCUCUUGUUAUUACUUUUCCUGUCAACAACUACUACAAUGACUCAAAAAAGCUGAUGAAAGCCUUGGCAUGGGAAAAAGAAUUUAUUAACUUUCUGAAGAACUACAAUAAUUCAAACUUAACGAUAUCAUUUUCUGCUGAACGGAGUAUUGAAGAUGAGAUCAACCGCGAAAGCAACAGUGAUAUUAGCGUUGUGGUGAUAAGCUAUAUUGUGAUGUUCGUGUACAUCUCGAUAGCUUUGGGACAUAUCCAGAGCUGUAGAAGACUGCUGGUGGAUUCGAAGAUCUCUCUGGGCAUUGCAGGCAUCCUGAUUGUACUGAGCUCAGUAGCAUGUUCUAUAGGCAUUUUCAGCUACUUUGGAAUCCCACUGACACUGAUUGUGAUAGAAGUAAUUCCUUUCUUGGUGCUGGCUAUUGGAGUGGACAAUAUCUUCAUUAUGGUUCAGACACUUCAGAGAGAUGAACGCCUUCAGGGUGAAACUCUGGAUAAACAGAUUGGCAGAGUCUUGGGAGAUGUGGCACCCAGUAUGUUUCUCUCAUCCUUUUCAGAGACUGUGGCAUUCUUUCUUGGGACACUGUCUACGAUGCCAGCGGUUCGCACGUUCUCCCUGUUUGCUGGAAUGGCUGUGCUCAUAGACUUUAUUCUUCAAGUCACUUGCUUUGUGAGUCUCCUGGGCUUGGAUAUUAAGCGUCAAGAGAGUAAUAGACUGGAUAUUCUGUGUUGCAUCAAAAGCAGUGAAGAAAUGAGUGGAGUCCAGCGUUCUGAGAACAUAUUAUUUCUGUUCUUCAAAAAUCUAUUUUCUCCAUAUCUGCUUAAGGAUUGGAUGAGACCAAUAGUAAUAGCAGUGUUUGUGGGUAUCCUGUCAUUCAGUGCAGCAGUUAUACACAAUGUAGAGAUUGGACUAGAUCAGUCUCUCUCAAUGCCAGAUGACUCCUAUGUAAUAGAUUAUUUCAGCAACAUCAGCAAGUACCUGCAUGCGGGUCCCCCUGUCUACUUCGUCCUAGAAGAAGGACACAACUACACCUCUUUGGAAGGGCAGAACAUGGUGUGUGGUGGAACAGGAUGUAAUAAUGAUUCACUUGUCCAGCAAGUCUUCAAUGCUGCGGAAAUUGGUAGCUACACGAGGAUAGGCUAUGCCCCAUCUUCCUGGAUUGAUGACUACUUUGACUGGGUGAAGCCACAGUCGUCCUGUUGUAGAGUCUACAAUACCACUGGACAGUUUUGCAAUGCUUCAGUCAGUGAUCCAUCGUGCACUCGUUGUAGACCACUGACUCAAGAAGGCAAGCAGAGACCACAGGGUGAAGACUUCAUGACUUUUUUACCAAUGUUCCUAUCGGACAACCCUAAUCCUAAAUGUGGCAAAGGAGGACAUGCUGCAUAUAAUUCUGCUGUCAACUUUAUAAACAACAAAACUGAGGUUGGAGCCACUUAUUUUAUGACUUACCAUACUGUACUGAAAACAUCAUCUGAUUUUAUUGAUGCUAUGAGGAAAGCUCGAAUUAUAGCAGACAAUAUUACUGAAACCAUGGGCAUCAAAGAGAAGAACUACCGAGUGUUUCCUUACAGUGUGUUUUAUGUCUUCUAUGAACAAUACUUGACAAUUGUGCACGAUGCUAUCUUUAACCUCUGCAUCUCUUUGGGAUCAAUAUUUCUGGUGACAAUUGUGCUUCUUGGUUUUGAAGUAUGGGCUGCUGUUGUGGUUUCAAUAACUAUUGCUAUGAUAAUCGUCAACAUGUUUGGAGUGAUGUGGCUCUGGGGCAUCAGCUUGAAUGCAGUUUCAUUAGUAAAUCUUGUCAUGAGCUGUGGUAUUGCUGUGGAAUUCUGCAGUCAUGUGACAAGAGCGUUCACCAUCAGUACCAAGGGCAGUAGAGUGGAGCGUGCGGAAGAAGCUCUGUCUCACAUGGGCAGCUCAGUUUUCAGUGGUAUCACGCUGACCAAAUUUGGAGGAAUUGUAGUAUUGGCUUUUUCCAAAUCUCAAAUCUUCAAGAUAUUCUACUUCAGGAUGUAUCUAGCUAUGGUUCUGCUGGGAGCAACACAUGGACUGAUAUUUCUUCCAGUUCUGCUUAGUUACAUAGGCCUGUCAGUAAAUAAAGCUAAAACUCGUGCUGCACAAGAGAGGACCAGAGGUACAGAACGGGAGAGACUCCUCUACUUCUAGUUUUUUAACAGUGUUCAGUGGACUGCCUGAACUGCGGCUUAGGCCCAACUCCUAAGAACUGAAGCGCAGCAAUGUUCUAUGACUAUCACACUGUAACCACCACAGACUUGACUCCUGCACAGAUUCAACUAGAAGAUACCAGCUGCAGCUUUGGACAUAGCUUUAAACUCAGGAAAUGCUAAGUGUGGCUGAAGUAACAGUAUUACUAAAUCUAGAUGUGUUAAUAAGAUUACUAAAACACUUCUGUUUUCAAGAGGUUGCAUCUUUUUCCUUCAGAAACCUAAACCAGCUGUAGUGAGAGUUGAAUAGCAUUUUGUCAAUGAAAUUAAGGUGAUGUGUAUAAGAAUGGACUGCUAAACCACUGACACUAAUUUUAAAUGCAGGUCAAUGCAAUUUUUGUCUCUAUUUUUAGGGGGAAGUCAUCACAAGUUGUAAUAUUUUUAGUACUAUUUGCCAAAAUGUCUUGUAUAUACUUUAUUAUAAAAUAGCAAUUUUGUAGUUCAAAAAUCUACUUAAAUGCAAUAAAUUAAGUUUAUACAUUUCA